AUGAGAUUGCUUCAAGGAGUUACCUGUUUCGCUGUGUGCUUCAGCCCCGCGAUUGCGGCACUGAAUCAUACAGAGCAGAAACAGGCCGAAAACGCGGCUCUCAAUGAGGAGGCAUUUCUGAUAGCGGAGGCAUUAGAAGAAUCCCUUUUUCAGAAACCUCAUUUCAAAGUGGAGCUGACAAAUCGCUAUCAAGAAACGGGCCUGAAAGAGUUUAUAUCGCGUCUGCUCGAGCAUCAUGGAGCUCUGAUCAACGGAAAACACCAUGCCGCUCAGAAGGCGCACCAAGAGCUACUUAAUUUCCAUAACAGCCAAUACUUCGGGAAAAUUGAGGUUGGGACUCCUCCGGUUCCAUUUGUUGUAUUCGAUACGGGCUCCUCCAAUCUCUGGAUCCCAGCCUCCGACUGUAAAAACGGUGGUUGCGUGUCGCACACUCGUUUUGAUCCCAAAACGUCGUCCAGUUACCUCCCGAUAAAUGCCAGAAAUGGAGAUCCGGCAAUUGCGUUCAUUCAGUAUGGGACAGGAGCAUGUGUUCUUCGGAUGGCGAAAGAUACGGUGUCAAUAGGAGGCAUAGAGGUGCGAAACCAAACCGUCGGACUGGCCCUCCAGGAGUCCACGCAUCCCUUUGCUGAUUUGCCAUUCGACGGCCUCGUCGGCCUGGGCUUUCCGGAUGUCACGGGAGAGGAGGGCCUACCACCGGACGCUCUGCCGCUCGUGGACUCAAUGAUGAAACAGAAACUACUUAAACGAAAUGUGUUUGCUGUCUAUAUGAGUGAAGACCUACACCAGCCAGGAGAGAUAACGUUUGGUUCAGUGAAUCCUCGAUAUACAUUCGAGGGUCACAAGCCUCAGUGGUUUCCUGUGAUAUCCCUAGAUUACUGGGAAGUUGGCGUCCAUGGGCUCCGCCUCAACGGAAAGUCUCUUGGAUUUUGCGAGCAUUCACGUUGCAAAGCCGCAGUCGAUACGGGUUCAAGCCUGAUCACUGGUCCCUCGGAAGUCAUAAAUCCGCUUCUGAAGUCGCUAAACGUGGCUGAAGAUUGCUCGAAUAAAGAUAGCCUUCCAACCGUCACGUUUGUAUUAGAGGAUAAUUACGGGCGUCUUGUUAAGUUCCCUCUGAAACCAGCUGACUUUCUGGUCGAGGAAGUUGACUCCCGAGGAAAAUCCAUUUCAUGCGCUGCAGGUUUCAUGCCAAUGGAUGUACCCGCUCCUCGUGGCCCUCUUUUUGUCCUUGGAAAUUCUUUCAUCAGAAAGUUCUACACCAUUUUCGAUCGAGACCACAUGGUAGGCUCCGCGCACCUUCACCCCACCAAACGGACUGAAAAUCCUUUUUUCUUUGAUAGAUGGUCGGAUUCAUGA